AACACAGUUUAAUUUGGUACUUGCCUUUUUUGGGCAGAAGUAGAGAGAGACAAAAGAAAAGAAUGCGCAACUUCAGUCACCAUUUCAGUAUAAAAGUCUAUGAUAUGUGGAUGCUCGUCCCACUUGACAGACACACAAAACCAACACACAAGGAUCAAGCUUCAUCAUGGUGCACAAAGUAGCAGUGAUCGGAGCCGGCCCCUGUGGCCUGACCAGCGUGAAGGCUUGUCUGGAUGAGGGCUUGGUCCCGACCUGUUUUGAAAGCAGCGAUGACAUGGGUGGACUGUGGAAGUUCAAGGCAGUGUCAGAGCCAAACAGAGCCAGCAUUUACCGUUCCCUCACGAUCAACAUUUCCAAAGAGAUGAUGUGCUACAGCGACUUCCCCAUCCCUGCUGACUACCCCAACUACAUGCACCACUCUAAAAUCCUGAAAUACUUCAGGAUGUACGCAGAACACUUCAAACUGCUGCAACACAUCCGCUUCCAGACCAUGGUGAAAAGUGUCAGACAGAGACCAGACUUUUCUCGCACUGGUCAGUGGGAAGUGGUGACUGAGAACAGAGAUGGACAGGAGGAGCGUCACAUCUUUGAUGCAAUUAUCUGCUGCUCCGGUCACUACACCUAUCCUAACCUGCCACUCAAAGACUUCCCAGGAAUUGAGACGUUUGAGGGAAAAUACUUCCACAGCUGGGACUACAAGGGGCCUGAAGAUAUGUACGGGAAAAGAGUGGUGGUCAUCGGCAUUGGUAACUCGGGUGGAGACAUCGCUGUAGAGGCCAGCAGAGUAGCAGAGCAGGUGUAUAUGAGCACCCGUCGUGGUGCCUGGGUCAUCCGUCAGGUUUCUGACAAUGGCUUGCCGGUGGACAUGAAAUACAAUACACGGUUUGUCCACAUCUUGUUCCAGCUGCUGCCAAUGAACUUCUUCAACUGGUUUGGCGAGAAGAAACUCAAUGCUAUGUAUGACCACACCAUGUAUGCCCUCAAACCUACACACAGGCUCUUCAGUCAGAUCCCAGUGAUCAACGAUGACCUGCCUUUAAAAAUUCUGUCGGGAGCAGUCAUUAUCAAACCAAACGUGAAAGAGAUCCGUGGCUCCACCGUGGUGUUUGAUGAUGGCACGUUUGUAGAAAAGGUGGAUACGAUUGUGUUUGCUACAGGAUACAACUAUGAUUUUCCCUUCUUGCCAAGCAAUGUUAUGUACAAGUCUGGACACCGUGUGGGUCUGUACAAGCAUGUUUUCCCCCCUAACAUGGAGCAUCCCACUCUGGCUGUUGUGGGUUUCAUCCAUGCCCUUGGAGCCAUCAUGCCUCAGGGUGAAAUGCAGGCCCGCUGGGUCACACGUGUCUUCAAAGGACUUAAAAAACUGCCCUCAAACCAGGCCAUGAUCAAAGCUGUAGAGAAGGACACAAAGGACAUGGAGAAAAACUACAUCGUGUCAAAGUUGACUCCCCUGCAGGUGGACUUUGUUUCCUACAUGGACGACAUAGCUGGAGAGGUUGGAGUGCGACCAAGUCUCCUCUGGCUCUUCUUCACAGAUUACCCACUGUUUAAGAGGGUUCUGUGGGGACCUGUUACAGCCUACCAGUACCGCUUGACAGGACCAGGGAAAUGGGAAGGAGCCCGCAGGGCAAUCUUCACCCAGUUUGACCGCAUGUUCCAGCCUCUAAAAACCAGAAAGCUGGAAGACCAAGAGCCCUCCACUGCUGGUCGCCUGAUAAAGCUGAGUCUGACACUCAUGGCUGGAGGAGCUGCAGCCUACUACAUCCAUGUGCGCAACCCAACUGCCAUCCCCACCCUGCUGUCCAAGUUCCAGCCACAAACGGCCUGAAUGUGCUGCAGGUGGAAAAAAAAACCUGAAACACAAAUACACCAAAUACUAUAUCUACUGUUUCUAGAAAUCUAGUUCAGUAUUCUCCUGUUUGGUUGUGAUUAUGGGAGAUAGGGUGCACUGUCUGAACUGCUGAUUAAUGCAAAGGUUAUUGUUGUAUGUUUAUACUGUAUUUAAAUGCUUAAACUUGUCGUAUGGAAAGAGUUCUCCUAAAAACCAUGUUCUUAUGCAGCUAUUCUCAUUUUGUUUUAUAUUUACAUCAACAAGACAAACUGUUCACAUAGCUGUAGAAUGUUCAAUAUUAAUGUUUACAGCCAACAUUUUCCUUUUUUCCACCAAUAUCUAUGAAUUGCAGUAUCUCAGUCACAGCUGAAUAUGGAGAAAAAACUCAACACUGACUUGGAGUAUGAGAAGAAAAUGCAAACCAGGGUUUUCAGUCACAGUCACACACUUUAUAAACCCCAAACCUUUGGGACCUCCACAUUCUUACAAUACUUUCCCCUGCACUACAUGAAAGUCACACUACUUCUGACAUUGGAGUUGGCAGUGGACAUAAAUGACUUUUGCAAAUGAGUCACAUAUGAACACAAUUGGUAAAAAUUAGCUGAACCUGUCUCUUUAUCACUUUGUGAUAUUUGGAUUUGAUUUCUGGAGGAAAAAAAAAACACAUGUAUUUUACAUCAUAUUUAACUUAAAGUCACCAUGAAUGUGGAAUAUUUUUCCAGUCUGAAUAAACCAACGUAUCAUUUAA